AUGCGGGCACCGCGGCCCUGCAGCGUCUGCGGGGCGGCCGGGGCGGCCAAGUACCGCUGCCCGCGCUGCGCCGCCGCCUACUGCUCCGUGCCGUGCUGCAGGACCCACAAGGAGCGAUGCACGCCGGAGCCGAAGCAGGAGCGGGAGCGCUCCCUGUCCCCUUCGCCCGCAGACAGCCCCUGGUCGGUGGAGGACAUCCUGACAGAAGAUGACGAGCAGGACCGCGUCCCGCUGCAGAAGCUCAAGCUGUUAGGGGAAUCAGAAGAACUGAGAGGCUUGCUCCGGAAUCCACACCUCAGGCAGCUACUACUGACAGUUGAUCAAGCAGAAGAUAAAAGCUCCCUCAUGAAAAAGUACAUGCAGGAGCCACUAUUUGUUGAGUUUGCAGACUGCUGUUUGCGAAUUGUUGAACCUCCAGAGAAGGAGAACAUUCUUCCUGAGUGAGCUACUUUGGGAACAUUUUUCUUUGAGAUUUUUCUUUCCCUCUGGCAGAAGAGAGCACCCCCUGCUACUGUCGUGCACCAUUCUGUGUAUUUCCUCGAGGUUUGGUCACACUUCGCUCGUGGAUGUCAGUGCUCCAAUUUCCAAUGUAGAGUUGAUGAUAAACAGUGGCAUAGCGUUGGACAGAUUUCUAGAUACUAGGAAUUAAACUUGAUGUUCUGUGGACUUGCUUUCUGUCGGUACAGAAAUACUGUCAACCUUGGGAAACGUUGCUUCCCAAUGACAAUUAAUAUUAAACAUAUUUGCAUUUA